CGUAUAACCGUUCUCUCAACUCCUCUUCAACCGCCAUGUUUGAUGUUGUAUUCAAAACAACAGAAAAGUGGUCCCAGUGAUAAUUAUUCUUUAGUCUUUUUCGUUUUCUCAUAAAUAAUAUACAUGAUGUCUGCUGAAGAAGCAUUGAUGACUUCAUAUGGUGAAGAAAUACAAGUUGAAAUGGUUUCCGAUAUCAUUCCCAUGUUUACGCAUGGUGGUUAUUUUUCUUGCGAUAUCUGCGGAGAAUCUUUCGAAAAUAAAAGUGAGUUACGGAAGCACAAAACAACUCACAAUCCUCCAAAAACGUUUGUUUGUGAAAUAUGCAACAAAGUUUUCUCUAAAAAGUUUAAUCUUCAACAGCAUUUUUUAAGUCAUACAGGAGAAAGACCGCAUGUUUGUACUGUUUGCAAGAAAGGAUUUACUCGGAAAAAAUAUCUGCUAGAGCAUUUCUUAGUUCAUACUGGAGAAGAGCCUCAUGUUUGUGAUGUCUGUGGAGAAGGUUUUAUGAUAGAGAGCGAUUAUAAGAAGCAUAUGAUGAAGCACACUGGUGAAAAACCGUAUAAUUGCCCUAAGUGCGGUAAAGAAUUUGCUGAUGAAGUUCUGUUUCAAGGACAUUACUUGACGCAUACAGGAGGAAAACCUCAUGAAUGCGACAUAUGCCAUAGAUCUUUUAAGAAUAAAACGUUGCUUUCUCGUCAUUAUUUGAUACAUACUGGAGAAAAGCCUCAUGUUUGUGGUGUCUGUAAUCGAGGUUUUACAAAUAAGUCAACACUUGAUCGUCAUUAUUUAAUUCAUACAGGAGAAAAACCAUAUAUAUGCGAAUAUUGUAGUAAAGGAUUUAUUCAAGAGCAUCAUUUAAAAGAACAUUAUUUUACCCAUUCUGGUGUCAAACCUCAUAAAUGUGAUGUUUGUCAGCGUGGAUUUACAUACAAGAGUGCUCUUCGUCGCCAUUCUCUCUUGCACACUGGAGAAAAACCACAUGUUUGUGAAAUAUGUGGAAAGGGUUUCAUUCAAGAAAGUCACUUGAGAGAGCACUAUAUCUCUCAUAAUGCUGAAAUUCCACAUAUUUGUGAUAUAUGUGAUAAAGGUUUUUCUAAUAAUGCAACACUCCAGCGGCAUUAUCUGACUCACAGUGGGGAAAGACCCUUUACAUGUGAUAUCUGUAAAAAAGGUUUUGUGCAAGAUGGUCAUUUAAAGCAACAUUAUGCAACACAUACAGGUCAGAAACCUUUUGCAUGUAAUCUGUGUCCAAAGACUUUUACUACAAAAACUUUACUUCGAAGACAUUCUGCAACUCACGCAAACGAUACAAGUGAUAACAAGCCUUAUGCGUGUGAUAAUUGUAACAAAGUUUUCACUGACCAUGAUUCCUAUCAAGAUCACUAUCAGUGUUGUCUUGCUGUAGAAAAAGAAUUAGCUGCACAACAUUUCUUGAGUCAUGGUAGUGUAAGCACUCUAGUGGAGAAUGCCUUAUAACUAACUAUACCUGACUUUUGUUGUAAUUUUGCUUUUUAUAGAUGACGUACUGUGAGAAAACUUAUUUACCUAAUUUCAUAUAGAUACUGGCAUAAUAGUUAACAAAUAUACUUUGGCAAGAAAGUUAACACUCAUUUGAUCAAUCUGAUUGCAUAAUCAGAUUCAAGUGAGCUUUGUUUAUGCUUACAUGUAAACUAUAAAGUUUAUGUAAAAUUGGCUUAAGAAAUUGUGCUAGAUUUCAUUUAGUAGAUUUGGUUUCCAUAAAAUGGGAAUUUAACUAUUCAGCAUAAUUGGUUAUCUUUUCUAAUAUUGUUAUAGAAAAUUAUCUGAAGAUAAUAACAGACAAAAAAAGAAAAGAGUGCUUGCUUCUCUAUUUUUGCUGUUCUCAAGGUGAGCUUCAUUCACAAUCUGUGUGAAUGAAAACAUUGAAAUCAUAAUUUUUUAAGUAUUUUUGAAUGCUUGAAGUCAUGGUGCAGUUUAAAUGUAUGUAUCGUUUGCAUGUUGUCUAAUAUCAAUAGAUAUAUUUAUAGUCAUAAUAUCUACUAAAUCUUAGUUGUGACUGCUUAAUAAUCUGGGCCUGAGGAGUUUCAAUUCUAUUUACAAAAUAUGUAAAUAUUUUUAGAAAGUAUGUUUUGUAUUCGAAUAGAAAAAGUUUCUGGACAUAUUGAUGUAUGUUUUUAUUGGUAUAAAUUUAGUUUAGUUAAUUCUAUGGAAUUUAUGCAGAAAUAUUAAUGAUGUAAAAUGCUUGUUAAAGAUUUUCCAUGUCUAAGUUAAAAGAAGGAAAAUUUAAUAAAAUAAGCUAUUACUAAAAAAAAAAUCAUGCAAGGUAAAAUAUAUAUUUAUUGACCAAUCCCACUUGGCAGCAUGUGAAUUAUUUUCGCGAAGGCAAAAUGUCUUUCUGGUUAUUUUUUUUUUUUUAUUCCAAAACAUUACUUAAAUGCUAUUGAUUUUACUAAAAAUUAUCUUGAGAUUAUAUGGUUCAGCAAUAAGUUUCUUAAAUAAUGUAUUCCUGUUCCUAAAAGUGGAUGCUGCAUCUUUCUUAAAUUUUAGCCAUGUGUUAGAUAUUAAGGAAAAUUGCUUUCUCAUGUAUAAAAGUUGAUUGCCUUAUUUGUCAUGUUAACAUUGGACAUAGUUUUUAAAUGAGUGUAGUAUUGUAUAAAAUUUUAUGCAAAGCUUGGAUUAAUCUUCAGCUGAUGGUUCAUUGAGAAUUUUUGCAAAUUAAGCCAUAAUGACAUAAAGUUUAUUAAUGACAAAUCAUAUUACUUAUUUCCUACAAAAUGUUUUGAACUCUUAGUGUCAGAAUGAGAUAUUGAAGAUGAAAUUUAUACACUAAACGUGUUAUAUUAAUUAUUCAGAUUUCCUAUCCAUCUUAACUAUAUUUCAGGUGGCAAGACAAAUUGCCAUAAAAGUUCGAUAAACCGUAAUAUAUUAAUGUUGUUUUUUAAGUGUGCAAAUUUCAUAUUUGAUGUUUCAUUUGACAUAUUUAUUUUCUGUGCCUACUGAAAAUCCUUAAGACAAAUAUCAAACAUAUAAAAAUACUUAGAUUAAAAAAGUCAUCAGUUGUCUUUAAUAAUGCUUAUAUGCGUCAUUGCAUUUUGGGAUUAUAACUUUAAAUAUUUCAAUAUAAAAUUCAAAUUCCACUUUUACAAGUUAAUUUGGAUAUUCAGCUGUCUUGAGCAAUUCUUUAGAUCAUAUAUAUAUAUAUACUUACUGUAAUGCAUUUGGGAGAAUUUUAUUUUUUGUCCAUCGUGUUUUAUCUUAAAUGAAAAUUAAUAACUGAAAAAAGAACAAAAUAGAAUUUCUAUAUGAUCAAAGUUGUAAUUCCGUAUUUUUCUAAUACUUCCAUUUUCAUCUUUUCCAGCAGCAAGUUUAAAUUACCUGAGGACUAUUGAGGAAAAACAGUUCUGGAUACUUCGAGUACUUAAGUGAAAGUAUUAAUGUAUUUUAAAAAGUAAUACUGGGCUCACUCUGAAAUUUUAUAGAUACCUGCAAACAAUAAGUGACAGAAGAAAUUAACGGUUAGAUUUGAAAAUAUGAACUAUUUUAGCCUAAAUCGGCAAUUUUUUAUUUGCCGGUUGCAAGUAGUUUAGUGUAGAAUAAAUUUUAGGCAGAAGGAAAAAUGGAGUUAAUGCAAGAACAGGGAAAUUUCAGGUAAGCGGCACUUGGCGCAAUUUUUUCCACUGUGUUGAAUUACAAAAAAUCACCGGUUUAAUCCUAGUAUUCAGUGCACACGGGAUUUGGCUACUUUUGGCGACUUUUAUGAUGAGCAGUAAAAACGGAACAUAUACAAUGAGUAGCAAACGGGUAUUCAAAGAAUAUAUAUAGUUAUACGUAGUAUAUACUAUGUAUAUAGUGAUAGUACAAUGGUGUAUAGUAUACUAUCACUAUAUAUACAUAUAUGUUUUUUGGGGGUGUUGGCGAUAAUUUUCAAAAUCGUGCCAAGGCUGCACCGUAUACUAGGAUUUUACCAAAUCACCAUAUCAUCGUGAGGAAUUUUUUGAUGCCAAGAGGGAAGUAGCAUCAAAAGGCACUUGAUGUGCCAAAAAUUCACUCUUCGGCCCAAUAUCGGGAGAAAAUCGCAUAAGGACGUUGAGAAAGUAAACCAUACACAUAGAACAAAUUGUAAAUGAUAGUUAUUGUAAUUAAGUAAAUCUACAUAUUUUUUCCAUCUUAGUAUUUUAGAUUAUAAUGUAUAUAACUUCAGCAUUAUUAACUUUUAUGCUUCUCUUUUUUUAAUUCUUACUGUUAAUUUGAGCAAUUAUCUGUAAUAAUGGUUAUACAUGUUUGAAAACAUGUUCUUUAUAUAAAUGCAGUAAUGAUCAUGAAAAUGCAAUACAUAGCACAUAGUUAAAGAUAGAAGGUUUAAUAAAUAAAAUAUGCAUGUAUUUCCACAAUAUUACAUCCUCAAAAUGCAUUCCAGGUUAUUCAAUCUAUUAUCCAGUCCGGUUUAUAUUGGACAUUCCAGAUUUUUUUAUGCACAUAAUUUUGCUUAAUAAGGUCAAGAGAGGUUAUUUUUAUUCUUGUUUAAGUGUGGAAAUGGUUUUCAUGUAGGUAAACAAAGAAAUGUAAUCCUGAAUUGCAUACCUGCAGGGAAACAAGAUUCGUAACAAGCACUUCUGUGGCUUUUCACGACGUGCAAUUCUUUAAAUUUUGAAAAAAAUCUAUAAAUAUAAAUCUUGUUCAAAGAUCUGAAGAUACAAUUUAAUGAACUUUUAUUAUUAUUAUUAUUAUUAUUAUUAUUUUGUGAAAAAAUAAACUUGGCUAAUGGUUUAGAUUUUUUACAGAUAUAACUAACUUUUAAUCCACAAAAUCCUCUAUAUAAAGAAAUCAGUGAAAUAUGCUUGAUGCAGAAAAAAUAGCAGAAUAAUGUUUGUUUAAUAUAGCACUACUAAUUUAUUAGCAUUCCAAAGUCUGAUUAUCAUUUUAUUGCAUUUUUAAUAAUUAUAUUUGAAAAUAAAUUUGAUUAUGAAGGGUUAAAAAACUGCUUUAAGUCUAUAAUGCAAAAUUUUAAAAUUAAUUACAUGUGGGAUAUUGUGAGCCAUAAGUACAGAAAAGGAGCAUAUUUUGUAAUUUUCUUUUAUAAAAAUUAUCUUACUCUAAUUACAGGUGUAAUUUAUUUAUUUAGAAAAUAAUUAAACAGUGAAUUCAAAACGACUACUGAUAAAGUCAUGUUUUCAUCAUCACAAAGAUUUAUCUGCAAAGCAUCUACAUAUAGAAAGAAAAUAUCCCUUUUCGUUUCCCUAUCUGAGCUAGCAACCUAAACAAUCUUUCCACUGUUUAGCGCCUAUCGCCCAAGUUGGUAAAUGCAAUUUCGGGAACCUCACCAAGUGCCGGUUAUCUGAGUAUCCUCCAAGAACGUUAUUGUGCUAUGAUUUUAAAGUGGGAUUAAAUCAAGAAGAAUGCAUUCAACAUCUACAAUUAGCAUUUGGAAAUGAAUAUCCAUCUCGUGCUACUGUAUUCAGAUGGUUUGCAGAAUUUCAUAAAGGUCGCAACUUUCCUCAGGAUGAAGAACACACAAGAAGGCCGUUGUCAUCAGUAAUGCCGGAUAAUGUGUCUGCCAUAAGGAAAAUGUUAAUUGAUGGCAAUCACUGCACCUACCAAAUGAUACAGAAAGAACUUAAUGCUGGAUCUGCCUCCUUAUACAAAAUUAUUUAUGAAGAGUUGCAUAAGAAAAAACUAGUUUGCCGUUGGGUUCCCCAUAAGUUACUUAAAGAUAGUAGCUACCACAUUAUUUCUAAAAUUGUAGCUGGUGAUGAAACGUACAUAUCAAUUUUUGAUGUUCUAAUGCAUCGAGUUUGGUUAGUAAAGUAAAGUUUGGUUCUUUGAAGAUAAUCCCAUACCCACCAAUGAUGAAAAGAGUAAUGUAUGCAGUUUUCUUCAGAAGUAUGACUGAUGAAAGCCAUCAAGCUGGAAGGGCAGUCACAGCUAACUAAUACACCAUUAAGUGUCUUCCAGGAAUUCUUCAAGAAGUGAAUGUUAGAGGACUUAUGUUCCACCAUGGCAAUGCUCUUAUUUAGCAAGAUUUAUAAUUGAAUUUCUUGAACAAAAACCAUCAAAGGGAUAGAAAAGCCACCCUUUUCACCUGAUCUAUCUAUAUGUAACAACAUUUGUCUAUAUUUUAAUCUAAAAAGAACUUUUGUGGGCAUCGUUUUCAUUCUGCAGAUGAGACGAUGUUAUAAAAGAAUUUUCGUCAUUGAUUCCAAGAAAUGAAUGGCUUGAGGCAUUUAAUCUUUGGAAAAUUUGCCUACAGAAGCACUCUGAUACUGGAGGAGACUAGUUUGAACACUCCUAAAAUUUCAUAACUUUAAAAACUUAUGUAUAUGUCAAAAAUUUCAGAGUGACUCUCAUACUUAACCAAGUGGCCUGAAGCAUAUACUUUUUCUAAUCAAAAAGCUCUCACGGUAGCAGAGGUAAUGAUACAGGUUUGGAGUACCUCUUCAGUUACAUUCUGAUCCAGGGAGGAAUGUUAUUGCGAGUGUAAUUAUAAAAUUAUGUAAACUACUCAGCAACAAACUCAAAUGCCUUUACAUCCAGUCACACAGCAUGGUAGAGAGUUUUAAUUGAAUCAUUCUUAAUAACCUCAGCUGAUGGUUUCUGGAAACCAACAGGACUGGGACCAGAUGUUGCCUCUGUUCUUACUGGCCUUUUGCAGUGCUGUUCAUGAAACUACUGGCUAUUCCCCAUCGCAAAUACUCUUCAGUCCUGAUCCUUGUCUGCCUGAUGAUCUGUUAUGUGGUUGCCUUCCAGAUGCACCUUCAUAGCCUGAGAAGUUCAUUCAAAAUCUCCAAGCAUGGUUUGAAGUGAUACAAAAUUUUGCACAACAGUUAGUCAGCUCGGCGACAGAAAAUGAUGCAAUAUGACAUGAGACUUUCUCCUAAAGUCCAGUCACCCUGGGACGGUUCUAAACAGGCUGAACAACAUCGUAGUUCAGUUCCAAGUCAUCAGAUUCUAAGAUUCUAUUGAACAUUGUUCAAUACGACAGACUAGCCCCUUAUUAAGGCCAUAGUACACAGUCCUCAUAGUGUAUAUAAUGUAAAUAGUAUACCAAGACCAAUUAUUUGUAAAAUUGUAGAAUCUUGUGUAAUGUAACAAGAAAGGCAUCAAAAGAGUGAAUCUUUGCCAGUAAAAUACAUACAGGGGCAAGUCCAUAGAUUGAAGUAAAUAGCUAUGUUGCCAAAUUAGUGAGGUAGCUCUAAGCUGCAGAUGCUUUUGGCAACUAAUUUUUAUCACUAAACGUGAUGAUAUUUUGUUUCGGCCAGUUGGUAUAACUAAACUGGUCCCAUCACUAUUUAAUUGUAACAAUAUCCAGCCAUAUAUAACUGUCACUUUGUAUGCCAUAUGUAACUGUUACUCACUAUUUUUCAUAAUAAAAUACGAUAGGCACCAAGAGAUAACUGUGCAAGCUUAUGCAUUGAGGCUUUAACAUUCUUAGUAGUUACAAGUGUAACUACUGACUGUGCUCUAUUAAACUGAGAAGGGCUGCCGAAUACUUUUGUGAAAAGUUCCAGAACUGUAAUAUUUUUUGGGGGAAAAAAUUAAUUUUAUCAAACUAUUAUCAGUUCUGUGCACAUUGAAUCAAUUACAAACCUGAUUCUUUUUAAUUUUAUUGUUACUUUAAACUCUGGAACUGAUAUAUUUAUUAUAUAAUGUAAUUUCUGAUGGAGCAUCAUAAAUUUCCUUGAUGAUAUUUUCUAGCAAUUUUUCAAACUACUUUUCUGCCUGAAAAAUAGCUAUAUAACACCUGUGCCUUAUAUGCAUGUUCUCCAAAUAAUUAUUUUAAAUGAAAAUUUAGCUCAAUCACUAAUGACAACUAUAAUGAGUGAGCAACACAUGUGAUUAAGAAGGAAAAAACAUGAAUAAUUCAGAGAUUCUUUUAGGAGGAAUUCAUUAGUUUGUCUCUCAAAUUUUAACUGUUAUAUGCUUGCCUUUAUGAAUGCAAAAUAUUGAUAUUCUGUAACUGAAAUAAUUUAUAACACAUUGAAAUAUCCCUGACAAAUAACAUCACGCACAGACUGAAAUUUCACAUGCUCAUGAAUUUCCACUGUUUUGGUAUCUUUCUUAUGAUAUAUAAAGCUAACAACAAUAGUAUGAUUUCACAAUUCUAUGUGGCUUAAGUCUGAAAUAGUUUUACAUUUACUUCAAAAUAUCUACUAGUUUAUAUUUUUCCUGUAUAAUUAACUUUUUGGAAGUUGUAACAUCUGACUUUUGUUGUUUUAAAAUUCUAUUGAACUAUCAGUAGAGUUCUAACAACUCUUUCUGUUCUUAUGUAAAGAUAUUAUCCAUUAUCUAGUGAAGUUGUAGACAGAAUUUUUGGUAGUUGGAAAACAUGAGAAAUCAGCAAUACCCUUGCUGGGAUUUGAACUCCGGAACACUUGGCUGAAAAUGUCUUACAAAACGUGUGUUAAAUUUAAAAUAAACUGAUCUUUACAUAGUUAGGGCUAUUUAUCCAUCAACAUACAUGGCAUUGUGCCCCAGUUCACAAAAGAUAGUAUUAAGGGAAAAAACAUUUCCAUCUUUCUUUGAAUUAACGGUAUUUGGAUUAAUUAAUCUUUUCUCCCUUUCUUUUAAAACACCUUCAGAAAGAUCAUGAAUAAUUUAAUUUUGUAGCUUGUCAUCUAAAUAAAAAUUUUUUUUUUCUAUGGUGUCAGGACAUGAAGCAAACAUUCUGCAACUAUAAAAUCAAAUUUAGUGACAAUUUCCAGUUAAUUUUUAAAAAUUACCUUCGUCAUAAUCAAACAUUCUUCAUGAGUGAUACAUUAUUAUUUUAAAAUCUAGCAUUAUGCAGUUUAUUGUUUUAUAAAAUAUUUUUCGAGGUUCCAUGUAAUCUUUGCCGAGUUGAAUUAAUAGUACAUUCAUAAUUUAAUAUUUUUUUUAAGUUCAUUAUAUUUCAAACCCUUUUUAAUGUCUGCAUAACUUGUUCAUGUUUGAAACUGCAUACAUUGUGAAGGCAUAGUACAUAUUAUUCACAUUAUUGAACACAAUCAUUUUUGAGAAUGUGAAAUACCCAGAUAGCAUACUGAAGAACUGAAUCUCUUCAAAAUUCCUUUGCUGCAUAUCUCAUGCAAAAAUGUAUUAAAGUGAAGUUGUCCUAGUUAUUAUUAUUAUUAUUAUUUUAAUGUUUCAUUAUUUUAGUCCGCAAUCUACGCAGCUAAGUUCUAAUUCUAAAUAAAAGUACAAUUUAAAAAUUUAGUAUUAUAUACCUGAGUGCCAAAUUUAGAGGCAACUUGUAUGGGAAGGCAAGCUUAAAAGGGUAUAAAAAUAUGCCAAAAAAGUAAUUUCAGCAAGCUGUUUUCACAGUGCUAAUAUUACAUUGAAAAGAUCAGUACACCAAUCUGAAAAGUGAUGUUUUUCCUACCAGGAAGUGCCUGUAAUUCAGUCUGAACAUUCAUACAGGCAGUCCUAGAUGCUGAUGUUGCACAUCUCUAUACUUUUGAUGAACAUGCCAUUUAAAAAAAUUUUUUAACUUAACUGUAUAUAAUAUACCACUGUAGUAUCUCCCAUUCAUGGCAAAUCACAAAAUUGGAUGUUUUUUUUUUUUACCUUAAAAAGAGAUUCCUUAAUCUAUUUCCUAAUGGAAUAUAUAUUAAAUAAAUUUCAAGUGUUAAGGAAUCAUUUUUAAAUGCAAACAUUAAAAAAGAAUAAAUCUACUUUGCAGCUUUUCACUGAUUGUAUUGAUUUCAUCAAUAUGUUGGAGAUUUGAAAUCAGAAAAUCAUUCAAUUUCAAAAUGAAAUUUAAAUUUAAUAUUUGACAAGAUUUGAUCAAAAGACAAAUGAGUUUUCUCUCAGUUGAGAAAUUACUAACACAAAUAAGCUUUUAUUCCUCAAUAUUAUAAAUAUUUUAAAUUAUCACUUGAAAUAUAGAGUAGUUAUACAUAUAUUCUUCAAGAUUAUGUCUUGAUUACAAAAAACAUUCACAAAUAUUACUUUUCAUUAUCUACCUUAAUAAACAAGUAUUUAAUUUUUAAUCAAAAAUAUUCUGCAUUUAUAAUAUACAAUAAAUAUUAAUAAUUCUUUUUCAUUAAGUAAAAACUUUAAAAAAAAAAAUUUGGUUAGAAUUAAAAUGCAAAAAUUCUAAAUAUUACUCGGGGCUGUGCCACACGAAAUGACAAAAUUCAGGAAAGGCAUCAGCAGAAAGUUUAGUGCUGGCCAUGUGCUUACUAAGCAAUAAAAUUCUUGUAUCAAAGAAAUACAAUUUAAAAAAUUGUAUUGUGAAUGUAAUAUAUAAACAUUCACAAUACUUUUUUAUUAAUAAGGCAAACAUAUAUUCUUGUCUUGAAGUACAAUAUUAUACAUUAAAUAAAAAUAAUGAGAGUGUAGAUGUUUUCUUUCAAGGUUUCAUGUACAUGAAAGUAAAUCUAAUAAAUGGUAACCUCGUGAGUAACUUCAUUCUAAUAAAUAAUUAUAUACAAAUGUAAUAAAUAAUAUCUUGUUCAUCUUGUUAA